ACACGCAUGCGCAUAUCGCACUCUCCUUCAGUAACCUCUGGGUCCAACAAGUCGACCGUCUGUCAGAAAAAUGUUUGCUUGUGCAAGAUACAUUCACCCAACGGCUAGAUGCUUGGUUUCAAGCAGUCGAACAGCUUUGAGGCCAUUAGCUAGCAGUUUGGUGAACAACAAUGAAAUUUCACAAUCCCCAGCCGUGAACCUUUCAUCCUAUUCAGGGGUCAGUGGUCUCACACCAGUUAACAAUAAUUUAUCAACUCUAAUUACUCAGCUGAGAACUUUCCAGACGAGUGCUAUAAAACACGACAUUGAUCAGGCAGCGAAAUACAUUGGAGCCGGCGCAGCCACUGUAGGAGUAGCAGGAUCAGGGGCUGGUAUUGGCAGUGUGUUCGGCAGUUUAGUUAUCGGCUAUGCGAGGAAUCCCAGUUUGAAACAGCAGCUGUUCUCCUACGCCAUUCUAGGAUUUGCUUUGUCUGAAGCUAUGGGUCUCUUCUGUCUUAUGAUGGCCUUCCUGCUUCUGUUCGCAUUUUAACAUCACUAGAGGACUAUUUUAUGUCGCAGGACGAGAAAGCACGUUUUGUUAUCUUCAUGGAUCAGUUUAAGUAAUUGUGAGGUGUGUUUGCAAGACUUAGGGACCCAUCAAAAUGAGGGGAGUUUACUCUUCCCCCAUCAGAACAAUGUAGGUACACAAAACAAAUAUGUAAUAUACACAGGAAAUAAUGUUUUUGAUUGCUGUACAGACGAUCGUCUUUUGUAGAAACAAGACAAAAGGCAAAUUAAAAUAUAUUGAUGAGUG